UCCCUCCACCCCGCCCCCAGCGAGAACCGAGCUGCUCCCAUCCUUGGAACCAAUCCCUCUCUCCCGCCCCCCGCCCCAAACGAGCCCCCCACGCACAACCCCAGUCCCUGGGACGAGCCUUCUGCCGGGUCUCCCCACCUUUAGCUGGGGGAGGGGGACAGGUUGGGGGGCGGGGAGCAUGCAGGGCACGAAGUGAAAGUCUUUGCCUCCCCUGCGCGGUCCUUCCUCCCCAACACGCCAGCUCCCUUCUAUCCUGACCACGGAGUCCUCCACCACCCCCUUUUCUCAAUCGCAGCUGCCUGGUCAGCACCACCUCUUGCGAGCAUUCUGAGCCCCAACUUUGCAAUAAGAUGGUAAAAGAUGGAAAUCCUGAAAGCUGCGAGUUUGGUUUGGGUUUUUUGUUUUUUUAGUGCAAUGAAUGGGGAGUAGUUCUUUGAGCACCCAUUUAUUCACAUCUUCUCUUCCUCUGGACUGCCUCCCUGCCCUCCCCUCCCCCCCAAAUCUGGAUGCUUGUCUGCUGGAAAAGGCGCGAUUACCUCUCUUCCUCUUCUGCCCAAGUCCAGGCGCUAAGACCUAAUAUUCUUUUCAGCCACACACAUACCACACUAAGUCUUCUUGAUGUUCUUGCAUUCCCCCGUUCCUCUGGACAGUUCUUGCCAUAACCCCAUUUCUCAGACAAAGGCUUAGGAGGGAAAAAGAAGCAAACUGUUUCCUGUGUUUGCCAUUUUAAUGCUGUCCAUCCCCACAGACCCAAGCCCUUUCCCUGAUGCUUCUUGUGCCAGUGUCUUGAACCUUCAGAAUGAAAGGGGGGAAAAAAUCUCCUGGGUAGCUUGAUAGAGUUUCUUUAUAAAUCUGCAUUGUUGCUUCUGGUUUAUGGCCAUGAAGAAAAUACCAGCCCCCACCCAAAAUGCACCGCAGCCAAGUCGGCUAAAGGCGAUGAGUGUUGGAGUCAGUAGGGGGCGCAUUCCCUGCACUGGGUAAGGCUGCAGAGGGGGGAAGGGCCCCAGAGCUAGAACAGGAUGUGCUUCACAGCGCCUUCUACAGACCAUGGGAAAAUGGACCCAGCAAGACACUCUGACACUCUUAGUUGGUGAGCUGACAGCAACAUGGUGAAGGAUCAAGUGAGUCAAGAGCAGUGAUUUUAUUUCUUUUAAAGUAUCCACCCUGCACUUUAGAAGUUUUCUCUUUUGACUUUUUCAAAGUGUUGACCCUUAAGCAAUCCACAUUUGUUCUUGACGAAUCACCUUGGCACAUCCUUGGUACACAGAUUCCCCCUUCUCUGGAAUUCUUCCGCCUUAAGCUUUGAAUGUGUCACCAUAUCUUUCCAAGGUCAGAUGGUAAAGGGAAAAAUGCAAAACCUGAGAGUAGCAGGUUUGGGGGAGUAUUGUUGAUUUCAUUCCUUCUUCAUGGCCCCAUGUCUUUUCAACUCUUUGAGAGUUCAAAAAUCCUUGAGGGAUGUUAGAUUUUAGUGGGGGAGUAAUUUUCAUAAGCGUGUAGAUGGGUGUCAUGAUUUGCAAAGCCUUGUUGGUAAACAUCAAGACCAUGUUGAGUUCUCCGCUGUUAAACUCAACCGAGUUGAUUGUAAACUUUCCCUUCUUUCCAACCUUGGACUUGAAAUUGCCAUUCGUUAGCCCAGUAGCCAACCGCCUUUGCAAAAGCAUUGACACCAGUCUUCUGUGAGCACCCACCUUCUUAGGGUGAGUUGAUUUCUGUAGAUUUUACUCCUCUUGUUAUUUCCAUAGGUGUGAGAUGCACAAUGCGAAACCUAGGCCCCAGCUUUUGCACCAUGAUGCACAGGGUUGUACUUUUUGUACUGAACUGAUAGGUGGCCUAGUGGUUAUGCCCUGUACUACCAUUUUGAGGAUCUGGACUCCGUUCCUGCCUUGCUCUUUGGACCACAUUGUCAAUUCACACCGAAACUAUGUUCCAACUUCCUGUCAACAAUCUUGGCAGUUUAAGAAAAGCCCGGAAAACUGUGAAAAAAAUACUUAGUGACAUUGGGUUGGAAUACUGUAAAGAACACAUAGAAGACUUUAAACAGUUUGAACCUAAUGACUUUUAUUUGAAAAACACUACAUGGGAGGAUGUAGGACUAUGGGACCCUUCGCUUACAAAAAACCAGGACUAUCGGACAAAACCUUUUUGCUGCAGCGCUUGCCCAUUUUCUUCAAAAUUUUUCUCUGCCUACAAAAGUCAUUUCCGGAAUGUCCAUAGUGAAGACUUUGAAAAUAGGAUUCUCCUUAAUUGCCCCUAUUGUACGUUCAAUGCAGACAAAAAGACUUUGGAAACACACAUUAAAAUAUUUCAUGCUCCAAACGCCAGCGCACCAAGUAGCAGCCUCAGCACUUUCAAAGAUAAAAGCAAAAGUGAUGGCCUUAAACCUAAGCAGGCUGACAGUGUAGAGCAAGCUGUUUAUUACUGUAAGAAGUGCACUUACCGAGAUCCUCUUUAUGAAAUAGUCAGGAAGCACAUUUACAGGGAACACUUUCAGCAUGUGGCAGCGCCUUACAUAGCAAAGGCAGGAGAGAAGUCGCUCAACGGUGCAGUCCCCUUGGGCGCAAACGCCCGGGAGGAGAGCAGUAUUCACUGCAAGCGAUGCCUUUUUAUGCCAAAGUCUUAUGAAGCUUUGGUACAACAUGUCAUUGAAGACCACGAACGCAUAGGCUAUCAGGUCACUGCCAUGAUUGGUCACACAAAUGUGGUGGUUCCCCGAUCCAAACCCUUGAUGCUAAUUGCUCCCAAACCUCAAGAGAAGAAGGGCAUGGGACUCCAAUCAAGAAUUGGUUCCCUCGCUUCUGGAAACGUACGGUCUUUGCCAUCACAGCAGAUGGUGAAUCGACUCUCAAUACCAAAGCCUAACUUAAAUUCCACAGGUGUCAACAUGAUGUCCAAUGUUCACCUGCAGCAGAACAACUACGGAGUCAAAUCUGUAGGCCAGGGCUAUGGCGUUGGUCAGUCAAUGAGACUGGGGCUAGGUGGCAACGCACCGGUUUCCAUCCCUCAACAGUCUCAGUCUGUGAAGCAGUUGCUUCCAAGUGGCAAUGGAAGAUCUUACGGUCUUGGGUCAGAGCAGAGGACCCAGGCGCCAGCAAGAUACUCACUGCAGUCUCCGAAUGCCCCGUCUCUCUCUUCAGGCCAGUUAAAGUCUCCUUCCCUCUCCCAGUCACAGGCAUCCAGAGUAUUAGGUCAGUCCAGCUCCAAGCCAACUGCAGCUGCCACUGGCCCUCCACCACCCAAUACUUCCUCAACUCAGAAGUGGAAAAUAUGUACAAUCUGUAAUGAGCUUUUUCCUGAAAAUGUAUAUAGCGUGCACUUCGAAAAAGAACAUAAAGCUGAGAAAGUCCCAGCAGUAGCCAACUACAUUAUGAAAAUACACAAUUUCACUAGCAAAUGCCUCUACUGUAAUCGCUAUUUGCCCACAGACACUCUGCUCAACCAUAUGCUGAUUCAUGGUCUGUCCUGUCCGUAUUGCCGGUCAACCUUCAAUGACGUGGAAAAGAUGGCGGCUCAUAUGCGGAUGGUUCACGUGGACGAAGAGAUGGGACCUAAAACAGAUUCUACUCUGAGUUUUGAUCUGACAUUGCAGCAGGGUAGUCACACUAACAUCCAUCUCCUUGUCACCACGUAUAACCUGCGGGAUGCUCCUGCUGAGUCUGUUGCUUACCAUGCCCAAAACAACCCACCCAUCCCUCCAAAGCCACAGCCAAAAGUGCAGGAAAAGGCAGAUAUCCCUGUUAAAAGCUCACCUCAAGCUGCAGUGCCCUAUAAAAAGGAUGUCGGGAAAACCCUUUGCCCUCUUUGCUUUUCAAUCCUGAAAGGACCCAUAUCCGAUGCACUUGCACAUCACUUGCGAGAGAGGCACCAGGUGAUUCAGACGGUUCAUCCGGUGGAGAAGAAGCUGACCUACAAGUGCAUCCACUGCCUCGGCGUGUACACCAGCAACAUGACCGCCUCGACCAUCACCCUGCAUCUGGUUCACUGCAGGGGCGUGGGGAAGACCCAGAACGGCCAAGACAAGACAAACGCACCCUCGCGGCUCAACCAGUCUCCAGGCCUGGCACCUGUGAAGCGCACUUACGAGCAGAUGGAGUUUCCCUUGCUGAAGAAGCGAAAGCUGGAUGAAGAUAGCGACUCACCAGGCUUCUUUGAAGAGAAGCCUGAGGAGCCUGUUGUUUUAGCUUUAGACCCUAAGGGUCAUGAAGAUGAUUCCUAUGAAGCCAGGAAAAGCUUCCUAACAAAAUAUUUCAACAAACAACCCUAUCCCACCAGGAGAGAAAUUGAGAAGCUGGCGGCAAGCUUAUGGUUGUGGAAGAGUGACAUUGCUUCCCAUUUUAGUAACAAGAGGAAGAAGUGUGUCAGAGACUGUGAAAAGUACAAGCCUGGUGUGUUGCUGGGCUUCAACAUGAAAGAGUUAAACAAAGUUAAGCAUGAGAUGGAUUUUGAUGCUGAGUGGCUAUUUGAAAACCAUGAUGAGAAGGAUUCCAGAGUCCAUGCUAGUAAAACAGCGGACAAAAAGCUCAGUCUCGGGAAGGAAGAUGACAGUUCCUCAGACAGUUUUGAAAAUUUGGAGGAAGAAUCCAAUGGAAGUGAUAGCCCUUUUGACCCUGUUUUUGAAGUUGAGCCUAAAGUCCCUAAUGAUAACCCAGAGGAACACAUACCGAAGGUAAUUUCUGAAGAUGCUUUAGAAUCUGAGAAGCUAGACCAAAAAGAGGAGGAUGGUUCAAAAUAUGAAACUAUUCAUUUGACUGAGGAGCCAACCAAACUAACGCAUGAUGCCUCUGAUAGUGAGGCUGACCAAGAUGAUGUUGUCGAGUGGAAAGAUGGUGCUUCUCCAUCUGAGAGCGGCCCUGGUUCCCAACAAGUGUCAGACUUUGAGGACAACACGUGUGAGAUGAAAACAGGAACCUGGUCUGAUGAGUCUUCCCAGAGUGAAGACGCAAGGAGCAGUAAGCCAGCUGCCAAAAAAAAGGCUACUGUGCAAGGUGACAGAGAGCAGUUGAAGUGGAAGAAUAGUUCCUAUGGAAAAGUUGAAGGGUUUUGGUCCAAGGACCAGUCACAGUGGAAGAAUGCAACUGAAAAUGAUGAGCGCUUAUCCAACCCACAGAUUGAGUGGCAGAACAGCACAAUUGACAGUGAGGAUGGGGAGCAGUUUGACAACAUGACUGAUGGGGUGGCUGAACCCAUGCACGGCAGCUUGACGGGGGUUAAACUGAGCAGCCAGCAGGCUUGAGGGCUGACCUCUCUGGCUUUGGUGACAAAUGCUGCAGCCUGGAACGCUGUUCUCCUUUCAGUUAUGACUGCAAAGCUGUGUUCUAACUGGUACUGCCUUUUGAGUGUCGGGUCAUCAGGCGGUGGGGACAUGUGGCCACUCCAAUCCCAGUGGUUAUUUCUAAGUCUGUGACACAUGAUUGGCUGAUCUUGCUUUAGAACACUCUGUGACAGACACAGUAACUAAAUGUGAAAAACCAAUAAGCUGGUGGCUCAUGAACGCACACAAGAAAAAGCAGAGGUUUGUUUUAUCUGCCUUCUCAACAUUUCUUUCCCUCUGUAAAACAAUGUCUGGUUGGACGUCCUUGAGAAGCGUUCUCCUGAUUAAAAUGGUAGUGUAGGGCCAACACACAAGCUACCAGUCCAGUGUGUACAGUAGACUUUGGGGAAAUCAAUUUUUUUUCAUGUAUUCAUUCUGAAUAGUUGAAAUGUAUAUUUGUACAGUCUUUUAGACCUAUUCAAGUGAUGCUUAUGAUAUUGUUAUUGUGUACCCACCAUAGAUUUGUUUCUUUUUUUAGUGUUGCCCUUGCUGUGUAAUAAGCGCUGUAUCUAGUUGACCUAGCAAAAGCCUGAAACUACGCUAGUGUGGACUUCGGGACAGACUUAGUUUUUGCACAUAACCUUGUACAAUCUCGCGACAGAGGCCAGCCACAUAAGAUAUAUAUCUGGACUCUUGUAUUAUAGAAUUUUUCUUGUUCUGAAUAUCCUUGACAUGACAGCUGACAAAAACAAAAACUGGCAUUUCAGAUGUUUUCUGAAAUCUUUUAAGCUAAAAAUCACAUGCAAGAAUUGACUUUGCAGCUACUAAUUUUGACACCUUUUAGAUCUGUAUGGAAGUGUGUUGUGUUGAAGCAGCAGACCAAUGAGUGCUGCUUUUUGGAUAUUUAGUUUUAUCUUUAGUUAAACACCACCCUGGUGUAUUCAUUUAUACCAUCUAAUAUAUGACACACUGUUGUAGUAUGUAUAAUUUUGUGAUCUUUAUUUCCCUUUGUAUUCAUUUUAAGCAUCUAAAUAAAUUGCUGUAUUGUGCUUAAUGUAAAUACUUGCUUUCUUACACCUUCCUGUCCUGUGUGUCGGAUAGGUCUUAUACCAGUUGAUGCCAUGGCUUCCUCAUCAGAGAUGGAGGCACAGCCACUGAGGAAACUUGUGGAAGACCAAGAAUGGCAUAACAGACGCUUUCUUUCCAGGCUCCUGUUGCAAAUUCUUUGGUUCAGUUUGGCUUUUGUCUUUUACCUUUUUAAUCACUAAAAUAAACAUCCUUGAAUUUUUUCAAUUCCCCCGUUGUCAAGGAUCAGAACCUGCUUAGAUAUGUAAAUGUCUCAGUGAUAAAGGAUGUAAACAUAAAUAAGCAUUGGUUUGCAAGCAGAAUCUUAAUACCCUGGUGUUCUUUCUUCUAAAUGAAGUCCAUAGUAGUUUUCACCGUAUAAUGGGAACAGUUGUACUAACCAGGGAACUACUCUCUGCUUUUAUUUUAACUCUGGACCAUCUUCCUAUUAAGAGAAAGGCUUUGGAGAGCACGCGUUCUGGGGGCUGUCAAGAUGCAGGAGCUGGUAGGGUGCAAGUGACCCCGUACCACAGAACAGGGAGUUAGGAGGUGGCAGAAGUGGUCCAGUGCGUUUGGUGGUGAUAACGUGAUGGGAUGGAUGCUCUUUUAGUCCAUGCGGAGGCUGGUCAGUCACCUUUCAGGGACAUCUGCCUAAAGAGUUCUGUAGAGUGGCUAGUUUCCGUGAUCUCUAAGACUCCAGAAAGUUCAGCUUAACGCUUUUGUUACCUGAGAGCAAAAGUUUGACCAGCCUCCCCCCAGAAUGUGACGUCAUGCCUCGCAGAACAAUGCAGGAGAAAGCACAAGAAUGGACUAGAACCUUUAGGGUGUUUGGGGCUGGCACAGAGCUUUUUUUUUUUUUUGGAGCUAUUUUAAAUCUGUCUCACAGAUUACAAAUGCUGUGGACAUCCAAGAUGCUACAGAUUACCUAAUCAGAAAAGGUGGCGUUGAGAACAUGGCUUACCUGAGGAUAGUAAUACCAGCUGCAUUUAAGCCAUCUCACAUUUCCUUUGAAAUUACUCUGCCUAAUAGGAAGAAUUUAGCCUGGCCUUACGAGUCCUACAUGAACUACUAGUGAGACUUGUGCAGAAUAGGGGUGAGGGUGGAGAGGUGCGCUCCGGGCUGGACAUUUGAGCAGGGAGAGAUGAGUACACUUCCUUGCUGUGGUGGUGUGAGUGGGCCUUGUCAGCAUGGGGAAGAGAGUUGAGCCACCUAAGAACUGGAAAUAAAGAUUCCCCAGUAAGAACUAUUGGAGAAGUCCUGAAAGUGUCUCAAUAAAAGCCAUUUUAAAACAA